CAGUCAAAAUGGCGUCGGGGCAACAGUGGGUGUUGGUGGAGAUGGUGCAAGCUUUUUACGAGGCACCAGCAUAUCAUUUGAUUUUAGAAGGUAUCCUCAUUUUAUGGAUUAUCAGACUGCUGUUUUCCAAAACAUAUAAACUUCAGGACAGAUCAGACCUCACAGAAAAGGAGAAAGAGGAGUUGAUUGAAGAGUGGCAGCCCGAGCCGCUGGUUCCCCCCAUAUCAAAAGACCAUCCUUCCCUUAAUUAUGAUGUGGUCACAGGGCCUCCAAGCCACAAAAUCAUUGUAAAUGGAAAAGAGUGCAUUAACUUUGCCUCAUUUAACUUCCUGGGUCUGCUUGACAACGAGCGUGUAAAGUCGAAGGCUUUGUCGUCACUAAAAAAAUACGGUGUGGGAACGUGUGGACCAAGAGGCUUCUACGGGACCUUCGAUGUUCAUCUGGAGUUGGAAGAACGACUGGCAAAGUUCAUGAGAACAGAGGAGGCCAUCAUCUACUCGUACGGCUUCGCCACCAUCGCCAGCGCCAUUCCAGCGUACUCCAAGAGAGGAGACAUCAUCUUUGUCGACGAGGCAGCGUGUUUCUCCAUUCAGAAAGGCCUGCAGGCUUCACGCAGCUUCAUCAAAUACUUUAAACACAAUGAUAUGGAGGAUCUAGAGCGGCUGUUGAAGGAGCAAGAGAUUGAAGAUCAGAAGAAUCCACGUAAGGCGAGAGUAAUCAGGCGGUUCAUUGUGGUUGAGGGACUCUAUAUCAACACUGCAGAUAUCUGUCCACUACCUGAACUGUUGAAACUGAAGUACAAAUAUAAAGUGCGCAUCUUUCUGGAGGAGAGCAUGUCUUUUGGAGUGCUUGGAGAACACGGAAGAGGAGUCACAGAGCAUUUUGGGGUCAACAUUGAUGAUAUUGACCUCAUCAGUGCCAACAUGGAGAACGCGGUGGCGUCCAUCGGAGGUUUCUGCUGUGGACGAUCAUUCGUUAUUGAUCAUCAGCGUCUGUCAGGUCAGGGUUACUGUUUCUCAGCGUCUCUUCCACCCAUGCUGGCCGCUGCUGCUAUUGAAGCCCUCAACAUCAUGGAGGAAGAUCCAGGCAUUUUCAGGGUCUUACAGGACAAGUGCAAACACGUCCACAAAGCACUACAAGGGACUCCAGGGCUGAAGGUGGUCGGAGAGCCUUUUGCUCCUGCCCUCCAUCUGCAGCUGGAAAACAGCACAGGAUCCAGAACAAAUGACCUGAAGCUUCUCCGAGCGAUUGUCGAUUACAGUUUGGACAGACAGAUCGCACUCACUUUGGCUCGAUACCUGGAAAAAGAAGAGCGUUUUCUUCCACCACCAAGCAUCAGAGUAGUUGUGACUGUUGAACAGACGCAGGAGGAAAUCGAGAAAGCGGCGCAGUGCAUUCAAGAAGCAGCUUUGAAGAUCCUAAAAUGAGGACUGAUCAUCUUCAACACAUAAAGCUUUAAUGUGUCAUUGACGUGAAAGUGAGAGCCAUCCUACCUGAUGGUUCUGUGACCUUUGACCCUGAAGACUUAAUCUGUGCCCACAAAAGGACGAAUACACUGAUUGAACCUGUUUGUAUUAUAUUUAUGUUUUCCAUACCUGGUGUACAGAAUGUUGAUUAUUUUAGUCUUCAUUUCACAUUGAAAUAAAUGCAGCGCUGGUUCUUCACGCUGUUUGCAGUUGGUGUGCACCAUCAAACCUAUUUAUGUUUGUUCAACACCUUGAAUAAUGGGAGAUCUUGACUAAUCAACAAUAAAUAUGCCAUAAAUACAGAAUAAUUAUUUUAUAUAUAAAAUCAUUUUUUAUAUACACUAAUAUUUACAUUACUUUGUUACCUUUGACCAAAGAGAGCUUCUGUACCACACAUUCUUUGUUGUUCCGUUCAUUCUGAAUGAUGCGGUUAUUCUUAUUUCGACUCUUUUGGUAACUCAAUGCAUUGUGAGUGUACUGGGUCAAGAGCAUAUGCUUGCACAUACUUGGCAGAGAUAUCAAAUAUGAUCUGGUUUAGAUUCUGUGAUUGUCAUUGUAUCAAAACAUAACUUUGUUUUCAAACAAAUUUCAAGAAUAAAACACACUUCAGUCUUUAAAUAGCACUGUUUCAUUGUUUUUAUAGUCUUUUUAAUCUCCAAGAAGGAUUUGCCUACCGAAUCAUAUUUGAAACCUGUUGCACACUACAUGUCUUCUGUUGUCAAAGGACUCUUAGUCAACCUUCGGCUUAUGGUUCACAUCUUUUUGCUGUAAAAACUGAAUUCGAUGAAGUAAAUAUGAAAGUAUUUUUUAUGUUGUGUUGUUCAAAAUAUUUCAAGAUUGAAGGAUUGAAGCAACUUAAUUAUUCAUAUUUUUUUUUCUCCAUUGUAAUGCAUUAUAUGUUUUGAA